UACGUAGAUUUCUCCUCUAUGAAUAAAACCUAUAGAAUAGUAGAGAGUAGAGUAAAUAAUUUCCUCCCCUAAAACCCAUUUAGCUAAUCAAAUAUUUGGUGGAUUAAUUAUGGAAAAAGACGACUAUUUGACGAAACCAAACUCCAAUGCGGAAAUUUAUCGCAACAUGACCGUUGGAGAGCGAGCAUCUGUACUUGACAAGCAUUUGCAAUUCAUAGCAGUAUACAACGAUAAGAAGGCAAUUCUUGGAGGCAGCAAUUUGACAGAUCGGUACUGGACUGGAACCAUUUGGUAUUUUGAUGACGCCGCAGACGGAGAGUUGGAGAGAAACAAGAGCUUUACUGCGACACAAACUGAGAGCACUUUGAGCGAUGCUGCCUUUAUCGAGGAGUAUAAAUUUGUUGUUGCUGAGGAUGGGGGGAUCGUCAAAGUACUUUGUGUGGUGCAGCCUCCGGAAACCUGGGCUGUGGCAUUGCAGUGCGUUGGGUACACUUGUAAACAUGAUGACAGUGUUACUUCCCUCUCUGUUUUCGAGGACAAGAAUUAUUUUGUCAGUGGAGGAAUGGAUCGUUGUCUGAAAGUCUGGGAAACAUCAACCCUAAUGGUUGAAUACACGUAUCAAUUAGCUCACACUGCAAUAAUAACUAGUGUUGAUGUCCUCUCCAAGAGCAAUUCGGUGUUCAUGUCUACUUCUCUAGACUCUGAAGCAGUUCUUUGGGACGUGAGGACACCGAAACCUGCCCGGAGGCUGUAUAAAAAUGAUGAUGGUAACGGUUUAACAGCAGUCGCCUGCAAUCCUCUCAAGGAACAUGAAGUUGCUAUAGGGGGAGAAGACGGCUAUGUGUUCCUGGGAGACACACGCAAACCAGAGGAACUAGUUUACAAGUCUCUUGAGUUUCCUCGAGCCAUUCACAGGCUCAAGUAUCAUCACAAAAGAAAUAAUUGGCUAGCUGGCUGCUGCAACGACACAAUGGUGAAAGUGCUGGACACAUCCCAAGAAUUAUCUGUUCUCUUCAAGGAUGCUAAUUCACACACCGACAUGGUACGAGGAUUAGCUUGGUGCAAGGACGAGCUCCUAACUUGUUCAUGGGACAGCACCGUUCAGAGACACAGCCUGACUCUCGAUAAUUAGUGUUUCCGUAGAAUUUUUUAAUAUUCCACUGAUUAUUUUUUCCAUCGAUCCCCCAGCAAUUGUGCUAUUUUCCACUCAUCCCAAUCAACUUUGUUAUUAUGUUCAUUUCACAUGUGAUUACAACAGACCAAUAGCUAAAUUAAAUAAGAUAAGUAGAAAAUUGAAAAAUUGUAUAGAAAUAAGAGGAAAAGCUGUAAGAUAUGGAGAGAAUAUAAAAAUAGUUUCUUCUA